UUUAAGUUCCAUAGAGAAGUUAGUGACAAAGCUGGGAAAGAGAGCCAAAAGGAAAAGAAACUCGUUUUCUUUUAAGAUUUUGAUAUUUUGGUGAAAGAUGAAGAGAAGUAACUCGUUCAUGUGGUGGUUUGGAGUGAUUUUGCAGCUUUGCUUCAUGCUUUUCAGUAGUUGCUCAGAGGGUUCCACCUCAAUUAGAAGAGCUUUACUGAAGAAUGACCUCACACCAGCGUCAUCUUCUCCUGCUGUCAAACUGGACGAAAAUCAUAACCAGGUUGUGAUAGAUAAUGGAAUCGUCCAAGUCACGUUGUCCAAACCAGAAGGCUACGUCCUUGCAAUAUCUUAUAAUGGAAUUGACAAUGUCCUCGAAGCUAAAAACAAAGAUCACAAUAGAGGGUAUCUUGACGUUGUUUGGGGAAAUGAUGAUGGAGUUUUUCAGAAAAUCGAGGGGACCAAGUUCUCAGUUAUAGAGAAGACCGAAGAUCAAGUGGAAGUCUCAUUUUUAAGACAAUGGACACAUUCCAUGGACGGAUCUGUCCCUAUAAAAAUAGACAUGAGGUAUAUAAUGCGAAGAGGCAACUCGGGAUAUUACUCGUACGCAAUAUUUGAGCGACCGGAAGGGUUUCCAGCGGCAAAGGUUUUCCAGAUUAGGCUAGUUUAUAAGCUCCGACAAGACAAGUUUCACUAUAUGGCCAUAUCAAGGCAGAGGCAAAGAGUAAUGCCAACAGCUGAGGAUAGAAUCAAUGGACAGGAACUGGCUUAUCCUGAAGCUGUUCUCUUGACCACGGCCAAGAAUCCAAGAAUCAGAGGAGAGGUGGAUGAUAAAUACCAGUACUCGGCGGAGAACAAAGAAAACUGUGUUCAUGGAUGGAUUAGCUUUGACACAGAACCACACGCUGGCUUCUGGGUCAUAGCGCCAAGUAAUGAGUUUCGCAAUGGCGGGCCCCCCAAGCAGGAUCUCACUUCUCAUGUUGGCCCCACCUCUCUUGCGAUGUUUGUGAGCACUCACUACGCUGGGACAAGUGUGUCCAUUAAUUUUGAAAAAGGGGAGACUUACAAGAAGGUGUUUGGCCCUGUAUUUGUCUAUCUCAACUCUGCUUCCAGAAAUAACAAUAUAGACACACUCUGGUCAGAUGCUGUUCGACAGUUCAAUGAGGAAGUCAGAAGCUGGCCCUAUGAUUUCCCUCGAUCUCCAGAUUUCAUUCUACCCAAUCAACGAGGAACAGUAAAUGGGCGAUUGCAAGUCCGAGAUUGGUUCAAGAAGGGAUGGGGAAACUUCAAUGCUAAGUUUGCUUAUGUUGGUCUAGCUCUGCCUGGAGAAAAUGGAUCAUGGCAGAGAGAGAGCAAGGGUUAUCAAUUCUGGACUCAAGCUGAUGAGAAUGGCUACUUUGAAAUCAAAUCCGUUAUACCAGGGGAUUAUAAUUUGUAUGCCUGGGUUCCUGGCUUUAUUGGUGAUUACAGAUACAAUACUACAAUCACCAUCAAACGAGGCGGUGUUAUUAAAUUGGGUUCACUUGUAUAUCGUCCUCCAAGGAAUGGUCCUACCAUAUGGGAAAUUGGUGUCCCAGAUCGCUCAGCCGCAGAGUUAUACGUACCAGACCCUGACCCUAAGCUCGUGAACAGAUUGUACCAGAAUGAUGCACGAAACAAGUUUAGACAAUAUGGGUUGUGGGAACGUUACACUGACUUAUAUCCAGAGAAAGAUCUAGUUUAUAAUGUUGGCGUGGAUAAGCACGACAAGAAUUGGUUUUUUGCUCAUGUUGCCAGAAGGACAGGAAAGCAGACAUACCAACCGACAACAUGGCAGAUUAAGUUUGAACUUGACGAAGAAACAUCAUCAGGAAACUACACGUUUCAAGUGGCCUUAGCAUCAGCAAAUGAAGCCAGGUUGCAGGUUUGGUUCAAUGAUGGGAGAGACGUUGAUCCACACUAUGAGACAGCAAGGAUGGGAAAAGACAAUGCGAUAGCGAGGCAUGGGAUUCAUGGACUGUAUAGCUUGAUCAGUAUUGAGGUUGCAAGUGAUCGAUUUAAGAAGGGAAACAAUAUUAUCUAUCUGAAGCAGUCAGAAGCCUCGGACUCAUUUCAGGGUGUUUUGUAUGAUUAUCUACGUUUAGAAAGACCUCCCACAGGUGGAAGGAUGUGAAUUUUAUAUAUAUAUAU